UCAACUCUGGGCUGGGGAACAACACUGUUACCCACAACCAGAAACAGACAGUCGAACACAAAACAACAACUGAACUUAGUCUCCAUGACAACAGACUGGCAGAGACCAAGGCAAGGCGUAUAUUUGGUCUACGGGGAGGUGUCCAUAUGCGGCGUGAGACAACAGACACAGACUCGGCUAGCGAUGCUCCGUCCUGCUCCUAUAGUUGUGAUUCAGAGAGACUGAUGGCACGUCAGGUUAACCCCCUAACAGGUGCUGCCUUCAGCCUGCCUUCUUUAGGAUCUAUCAACUGGAACAUGGACCCUGCGACAACACAGACACUCCCUGGCCUUCGUCCUCCUCACACUCUCCUAAUGUUAAACCAGACCUCAGACAAUGCCUCAACACUAAAUGGCUACACAAGCCCAUUGACAAAUGACAGUAGUAGUAAUGGUAUCAGCAGAUCUAAUGGCAAAGAGAAGCGCUUCCCGUGUUCGUUCUGUGGGAAAGCCUUCAGUUUCCCCAAACAGGUGGAGAUCCACAUGAGGAUGCACACAGGGGAGAAACCGUUUGGCUGUACCCAGUGUCAGAUGCGCUUUGCCGAAGCUUGUCACCUGAAGAGGCACCAGAGGGUCCACACAGGGGAGAAACCAUUUGGCUGCCACCUGUGCCGGGUCAGUUUCUCCCACUCGUCCAGCCUGAAGAGGCACCAGAGGGUCCACACAGGGGAGAAACCCAAUAGCUGCCACCAGUGUGAGAAAAGGUUCUCCCACACGCACCAUCUGAAGAUGCACCUGAAGGUCCACACGGGAGAGAGGCCGUUCGCCUGUACACACUGAGUUUCUCAGAGAGGAGCUAUCUCAGGAUACACCAGCAGAAAGUGCACACAGCCCAUGUAUAGAUUAUAUUAACAUGUAAUGUAGUACUAGUUAGUUUGUUUGUAGUUAAUUAUGUUGGUUUUGGAUGUAGUAGGGAACUGGAUGAGGUGAACUGAGGAAAG